AUGCGUUUCACUCAGGCUAUUGCUACUGCCAUCCUCUCGGCCUCUAUGGCCUCGGCCAUGCCCAUCGGCUCCUCUGGAAGCAUUCUCGGAAACGUUGCCAGUGGAGUCCACCCCAUUGUCAACUCUGCUGGCACCUCAGUCGACGGUGUUGGCACCGUUGUUGACGGUGUUGCUGGUGUUGUUGGAGGUGUUUCUACCACCCUUGGAGGCACUGGUAGCACUGUUAACGGACUUGGCAAGCACGUCGAGAAUGCUAAGCGUCAGAUUCUCGCUGGCGUUCACCCCAUUGUCAACUCUGCUGGCACCUCGGUCGACGGUGUUGGUACUGUUGUCGAUGGUGUAGCUGGUGUUGUUGGAGGUGUCUCUACCACCCUUGGCGGUACCGGCCAUGUCGUCAACGGACUCGGCGAGCACGUCGAGCACGCUAAGCGUCAGAUCCUCGAUGGUGUCCACCCCAUUGUCAACUCCGCUGGCACCUCAGUCGACGGUGUCGGUUCAGUUGUCGACGGCGUCGGCGGUAUUGUUGGUGGUGUUGGCCUCACUGUUGGUGGUGUUGGUUCUACUGUCAACAACGUCGGUCAGCACGUUGCUGGCGAGAACGUCAUCAAGCGCGAUGGCAUCCUCAGCGGAGUCCACCCCAUUGUUAACUCAGCUGGUACCGCAGUCGACGGUGUCGGAACUGUCGUGGACGGUGUUGCCGGAGUUGUCGGUGGUGUUUCUACCACUCUCGGUGGUACCGGCCAUGUUGUUAACGGCCUCGGCCAGCACAUCGAGAACGCUAAGCGCUCUCCCCUUCUCGACUCGGUUGUUGGCAACCCCCUUGUCGGCGGCGUAACUCACACUGUUGGAGAUGUCGUUGGCGAGGUUACCCAGGGCGGUCUUGUUGGCGGUGUCAGCAACGUUGUUGGUGGUGUUGUCAAGCGCUCUCCCCUUCUCGACGCUGUUGUCGACACCCCCCUCGUUGGUGGCGUAACUCACACUGUUGAUGAGGUCGUCGGCGACGUCCUCAAGCGCUCUCCCAUCCUUGACAACGAACUCGGUUCCGGACUCGGUGGUGUUGGUGUUACCGUUGACGGCCUGACCUCUGGCGGUCUCGUUGGUGGUGUCAGCAACGUCGUCGAUGGUGUUACUGGCCCUCUGAUCGGCAACAUCAAGCGCGACCUCUCUGCUGGUGUCAACUCUGUCGUCGAGAACGUUGACGGCCUCGUCCGCCCCAUCGUCGGCGACGUCCUCUAA